AUGGCGCUCAAUGCCGAGCUCUCUUCCAUGACCAUCGAGACCGACUUGAGAAGGAAAGUGCGCGAGAAUAUUAAGAGAUUAAGAGACAUGGGAAGCUAUCGGGGAAGGCGGCAUGCUAUGGGCCUACCUGUGAGAGGACAGAGGACAAGGAGUCAGGAAAAUGGUAGACUUGGCCCGGGGAUGUCUAGUUUUGAGCGGCCCCACCAAUCAAAAUGUGCAGCUCGAUACAGUCAGCCAGCGAUUGCAGUUUUAGCCUCGAAGGCCUCCACGAUAUCCCAGUACUGUGUCAUUAACCUCCACCACCAUAACGCUAACAUCGUGGGCACAAAUCCUGCUAUACCCCGGACUGCGACAGAACCCGAGCCCAAGCCCGCACUGUUGCGUUCGUUUGCUUCGGUCUUCAUGUCUAUCAUAUGCCCUGAGGGCUCAGCUCUCCUCGCGCUUGGUGACGGCGACGUCGAUAAUUUGGCUCAGCGUAGCCGAGGAAAAUCUCUAUCGAAGCGGCGAGUUGAUAUCCAGUUGCGUUGCAACUUUGUAUUCGAUAGCCAAAUCGCUCACCACGAGCGGUUGGAGAUUGUGGGAUGGCAAAACGGCACAUCUGCGCUAUGUGGUGCCUGCACAUUUUGCAGUCUCCUUAAAGAUGGCUUAGGAAGGACGCUUGAUUUGGAAUUAUGGGAACGGAAUUGGAAAAUACCUAGACCAUUUGUUGGUUUGGUCCCCGGCCAAACUCUUAGCAUGGAUAUCUGUCUCAAGAAACUGGAAUAUCAGAAAGAUCCUACCCCAUGGGCCAUCGGUCGCAAGAACGUAGCCACUUGGGACUUGUAUGAAGUUUUGUUUGGUGGCCAUGCAGUACUAUCGUUUGACGCCGACAGUGGACCAAAUUCAUGGAAAAUUGGUAUCAAGGUUGCAUUUGAGUUGUUUGGCGACGAAGAUGACCCUGUGGCAAAGGGGCUCAACAUCCAUCGACGGCCAUUGGAUUCCUCUCCCCUUUCUGAAAGAAAUACUCGAAAUAUACAGAGCUGGAUAAAUGAAUGUGACAAGAACCACACGAAAUGCUGUUUGGAUGCUGACCAGCUCUCUUUUCUACCGACCCGACUCCUCGAUGUUGGCAAUGCGACUAGCGGUGCACAGCCGCGGCUUAUACUCUCUCUUGAGACGUUCGGACAUCUAUCCCCAGAAUCGAACAGCCCGACUUAUAUAGCUUUAAGCUAUUGCUGGCCAUCUUCUGGUCAUGCUCCCUGGCUUCUAAAGACCACACGGGCGACCAUCGCCGAAAGACUCCAAGGCAUCGGAGUGGAUACGAUGCCGCAAACUUUCAGAGACGCAGUGACUCUUGCUCGAGUAUUGAACAUCCAGUAUAUCUGGAUUGACAGUCUGUGUAUCGUGCAGGAUGACUCACUAGACUGGCAAGUGGAGUCAAGCAAAAUGUCGGAGAUUUUCAGUAAUGCGUAUCUCACGGUCAUCACUGCUGCAGGGGCAUCUUGCUAUGAUAGUUUCCUUCAGCGAGACCUACCACGUCCAACCUGUAUAGUUCCCUUUCAAUUCAACCUAUCAGGUUAUGUCAAAGGUCGAUUGGGUUUUCGGUAUCGUCAUCACUGGGCCACUGACAAAAUGGCUGAAAUUAGGGUAGGCCGGUGGAUUACCCGAGGUUGGACAUUUCAAGAGGAGCGACUGGCCAAGCGCGUUCUUAUGUUUGGGGAGAGUAAAUUUUUCUUCGACUGCAGGACGGUGGAGAGGGUAGAGGAUACAAUGUUGUGCAAACCGCGCCCAGAUUGGGUAGACACUGUUAACGAGAUACCUCACACUGGGCCAGAGAAUACACUUAGGAUUGGAAAUGGAGGUGAUUACUUGUACCAGCAACGCACACCAUUUGACCACUGGCAAACGCUUUGCGGCCACUACUCUAGGAGGCAGUUGACAUAUUCCAAAGACAAGCUGCCGGCGAUCUCAGGCAUGGCAAACAAAAUUGCGAAGAAGGUGCAGUCGGACUACUUAGCUGGUUUGUGGAGGGAUCAUCUUAUGCACGACUUAUUUUGGCUUACAGUUGGGAUGGCCAAAAAGCCCGAGAAAUACCGCGCCCCAUCAUGGUCAUGGGCUUCUCUUGACGGGCGUGUGAAGUGGCCGACCUGGCGAUUCUGUGUAAGGCAGGAGUGCGAGUUAUAUUGCGAGAUAUCCGAUGCUCAGACUACAGUUGAGGGGCUUGACCAUUUUGGAGCUGUUGCAGGUGGAUUCCUCAAAAUAUCUGGGAUGUUACUUGAAGUCGAAGUAUCCUGGCCCCCGAAGAGUCCGAAAACUGAGUUUCCGUGGCGCGUCUGUGCCAAUGGACAACUAGUUGCGCAGGGGAACCUGGAUAUCGAAAGGGGAGCGGAGGAUGCCUCCCAUGAGGUGGAAAUCAAAACUUGCUGGGCGUUGCUAGUCGCGAAAUGCAAGGGAAAGCUCGUAGAACAACCCAAGCCUCGUGGGCUACUUCUUCAAAAAGUGGAACGUGAUGGCCACGAUGGUAUGGAUGAAUUCCAACGAGUGGGGGUUUUUAGAGUUUUCCCUGAUCUCACUGUUGAUAUAGUGUCUCCUCUCAGUCCAUGGGAGAAAUUAGAGAGGGAGUCAAUCACAAUUGUUUGA